CUCAUCUCACUUCUCAACAAAACUACUCUCUUUCGAACUCAAAGGCAAAUAAAACAUUCUCACCACAUUGGCCUUCAACAAUGAAUUCAAAUUCAUCAACAUUAUUUAUUUCUUCACUUUUUGAGCAAAAUAUCGCAAUUGAGGAGUCAAAAGGUCACAUCCUCUUAUUAUUUCCAAAGCAAUAUUCUCACUUGCCCAUGUCACUAAUAAUCACUGCCCUUUUCUUUACGUGCAUUAUUGUCAUUAUUGUCACCAAAUUUCUUCGCACAUUAUCACUUCAUGCAAACACCACAAAACAAAACUUCAAGAACCUUCCACCGGGACCUUCCUUUCUUACCAUGAUGCAAAACCUUGUUGAGUUUUGCAAUAAGCCACAACAAACACUAGCCAAGCUUGCUAAGCUUCAUGCCCCAGACAUAAUGCUUCUAAAGCUUGUUCAAUCAUCAACUACAAUAAUCAUAUCUUCCCCAAACAUUGCCAAAGAAGUGCUACAAACCAAUGAUCUGUUGUUCUCAGAUCGAACAGUUCCAACUAUUGUAACCGCUCUCGAUCACCACAACUAUAGCUUGCCCUUCUUACCGGUUUGUCCACUUUGGAAAGAUCUAAGAAAAAUAUGCAAUGAACAAUUGUUCUCCACCAAGGUCCUCGACACGAGUCAAGGCCUUAGGCGCAAGAAGCUUCUAGAUCUUCUUAACGAUAUGCAAAAUUACGGCCGAGCCGGAGAAGCUGUUGAUGUUGGGAGAGCAGCUUUUAGGGCAUGUAUAAAUUUUUUGUCCUAUACUUUUGUGUCUGAGGAUUUUGUUGAAUCUGUGGAGAAUGAUAAAGAUGAGUACAAAGAUAUUGUUUCUACUCUCUUGAAAUUAUCAGGAACAGCAAAUGUGGUUGAUGUUUUUCCGGUGUUGAAGGUGUUUGAUCCACAAGGACUUCAAAGGAACACUGCUAAUUACAUUACAAUGUUUUUUCAUAGACUAGACAAGUUGAUUGAUAAACGGUUGAAGCUAAGAGAAGAGGGGGAUAAUUAUGUCACAAACAAUGACAUGCUGGACACGCUUCUUGAUAUUUCUCAUCAGGAUAGUGAGAAGAUGGAUAGAGAAAAAAUCAAACAUUUUUUACUUGAUCUACUUGUUGCGGGAACAGACACCACUGCAUAUGGAUUAGAAAGAGCAAUGACUGAAUUACUUCAUAACCCAAAGGUCAUGUCAAAAGCCAAACAAGAAUUAGAACAAAUCAUUGGAAAAGGUAACCCCAUCGAGGAAUCCGAUGUUGCUAAACUGCCAUACUUACAAGCCAUAAUAAAAGAGACACUAAGAUUGCAUCCACCAGCUCCACUUUUGCUCCCAAGAAAAGCAAAAGUUGAUGUUGAAAUCUCAGGUUACACAAUCCCAAAGGGUGCAAGAGUUCUAAUAAAUGCAUGGGCUAUUGGUAGAAACCCUAAUAUAUGGGAAGAUGCAAAUUUGUUUUUGCCCGAGAGGUUUUUGGGGUCUAAUAUUGAUGUUAAAGGAAGAGAUUUUCAGCUCACACCAUUCGGUAGUGGGAGAAGAAUUUGUCCCGGUUCACCACUUGCUAUUAGAAUGAUGCAUGUGAUGUUGGGAUCAUUGGUCAAUUCUUUUGAUUGGAAACUUGAAAAUAAUAUCAAGCAUGAGGAUAUGGACAUGGAUCAACCCCUCCGAGCUAUUCCAGUUGCACUGAAUAAUUAAUUGUUGUCUGUUUUUGUUGUUCUUCAAAAUUCCAGAGUUUUUUUUCGGUGACCAAAUUCCGAAGAUCUGAUUU